AUGAAAAAAAUAUUUCUUGUUACAUCUGGAAGAGAUGCUUUAAAUAUUUUAAUAAGAGUUCAUGCAUUAAAACAAAUUGAUUCAAUAUUUAUUUUUUGUUUAAAACCUAAAAAAUAUCAAUAUCUAUUACAAACAUAUAUUAAACUAAUUGGAAUUUAUACAAAACGUCAUGAAUUACUUAAUUCUCUUAAAGAGAAUAUUAUUCUUGUUGAAAAACAUUUAGAAACAUUUAAUUUCUAUAAUCAACAUAAACAAAAAUCUACAAGAGAUUUAUCAAAAGAAUCAGCAGAAUUUCUAUGA